AAAAAAAAAACUUCUCUCUUGCUUUUACAAAUUACUAUUUCCAAACCAAAAACCAUGAGCAAAUCCAUUGUUCUCUCCCUUUUGUGCAUGACCAUCUUUCUUGGUCUCAGCACUCCUUCUCAAGGCCAAGGACCAUCACUUUGUCCAGUAACAUUUCCAUUACCAGAUGGGAAUGCUUGUGGGAGUGAUGGCAACUUUAGAUGUAUUAAUGAAGCACUGAGGAGAUAUCCCGCUAGUUCGAUGCCUCAGAAAUGUUCUUGCAGUGAUGCCAGACCAAAGACCGACGAGUGCCAAUGUUCCAUUGUUUGUCAAUGAAGAAAUCAUUCAUUGGAGAGAUGUAUACAUGUCAUCAAAAUAAUUUUAUUUUUUAUAAGCAGUUUUAGUUACAAUAAUUCAGGUUAAUUUCAAUCUCUUCGAGUCAUAUCGUGUGAUA